GAGAAGACAUAAUGCCAUCGAAUGUGGAAACCAAAGAAGAAGGGUCCUUAAAAAUCGGAAUACUAGAAGUCCAAGGAGCCUUUCUUGAGCACAAAAAUGCUCUCCUGAAGGCGAAGGAGAAAAUGAAACUUCCUGUUCAGAUUGAAACAUAUGAAGUCCGGAACCCUAGCCACGUGACCUCCAGCCUCGACGGCAUGAUAAUUCCAGGAGGCGAGAGCACAACCAUUAGUCUUUUUCUAAAGAGAAAUAACAUGAUUGAACCAUUGAGAGACUGGAUACAGAACAGAAGACACGUGACAUGGGGAACAUGCGCGGGGAUGAUAAUUCUGGCAAAACAGAAUGAGAAUCAGAAAAUCGGUGGGCAACCUAUGUUAGACGUGAUGGAUACUGACGUCUCAAGAAAUUAUUUCGGCCGACAGGUGCACAGUUUUGAAGCGGAAGUGAAUCUCAGUGACAGUUUUACACAGGUGUGUCCCGGUGAUAAAACAUAUCACGGCGUUUUUAUUCGGGCACCCGCUGUAGUUCAGACCCUCUCACCCAAAGUAGAAGUACUCGCUACCUUUACACAAAAGGAGAAAGCCGAGGAUGUGAUUGUUGCUGUACAGCAAGAGAACAUCAUCGCGACAGCCUUCCACCCGGAGCUGACCGAGGAUGUCAGAUGGCACCAAUUCUUUAUAAAACGUGUGCUAACAAACAAGACUUUGCCUUGAAAACAAAUUCCUGUCUGAGAGUUGUUCCUCUUUUAACGCGUCCUUUUACACCCUUUUAGAUGUUAUGCUACCCUUUUAACUUCUGUUUUUAUUGUAUUAUAUGAAUCUUGAAUUUUUAAAAUGAGACAAGCUAGAUAUUUGGAUGAAAAGUGAUUUUUAAGGUUGAUCGCUCUAAUGUCUGAAUGAUUGUAUAAAAAGUAAAGCUAACAUUGGAA